AAAACUGUAUGUAGAUACUAGUUCAGGUGAUUUGAGCUGCUGUUCGUGACAACUGAGAGUUCGAUCAGGAUGGUAUCUCAUGGAUUAUAUGGGACUCUGUGGAUGGUGUUGUGUUUUGGUCCGUUUUUAACUGAAGAACUGCAGAUUCCUGAGCAGAUUGGAGCAGAAGGAGGAAGUGUGGUGUUCACUCCUGAAAACCUGCCCACAUCAAUUAAUUUAAUUCAGUGGUAUUUUGGAACAAAUUUCAUAUUGUCAGCACAAUCUGGUGAACCUAUUAUAGACCAAGGAUAUAAAGACAGAAUCAGUUUUAACAGAGACACUCUCGCUCUGGAGCUCCGUGACCUGACACUGGAUGAUUCUGGAAAAUACAUACUGACUGUAAUACCUACUACUGGAGAUACAUUUAAAGAAGAAACUUCACUACAAGUGUUCGAAAAUAUAACCAAUGUCCGUGUUACUGGUCCAGAAGAAUUAUUAAUAGAGGGGGAAUCAUCUGCUAACCUCAUCUCUGAAGGAACUGGCAGCAUCUCUUCUGUGCAGUGGAUGAAAGAUAACAGUCCUCUGUCUCCUAGCAACAACAUCAUCUUCUCAUCUGAUAACAGAUCAGUGUCCAUCAGUCCAGUGCAGAGAUCAGACAGUGGAGAAUAUCAGUGUACAUACAGAAACCCUUUUAGCUCGGAGACGGCAAAACUCAGCCUGACCGUCAACUAUGGACCAGAAGAUGUUUCUGUUGUGGGUCAGCAUGUGGUGGAUUUAGGGGUUCAUGUGUCUCUCUCUUGUUCUGCAAAUUCUGAACCUUCUGCCUCAUUCAGCUGGAAGUUUAAUGAAACAGACACUAAUGUGACCACAGACACCUUCACCAUAAAUCAGACGGACUUCACACACAGUGGAGAUUAUAAUUGUACAGCCUCCAAUAAAGUCACGAAGAGAAGUGUCUCACAAAAACAUGCUUUACUAGUUAAAGAGGGUGGAGAAGUAGAAGCAGCAGGAAGGGGGCUGACAUCAGGAGAGAUAGCUGGGAUUGUGAUUGGGGUUUUAGUGGCAGUUGCAGGCAUCUGUGGUCUGAUUGUCUAUUUAACAAAAAUUAUCCCAAAGUUAAACCUACAGAAAAGAAGACAAAGUGGAGCAGCACAAAGCAGACAGGACAUUAGGGCUGAGAUAAUUCCAGGGAUGAAUGAACAUACAUACCAGAAUGUCGUCAAAGUAAAUGUGUAUGAGAAUAAUGUGUAUGAAAAUGAAAAACCUGAAUUUUCAAGGCGGCCAAGGGCUCCUACUCCUCCUCAGGUAUGAAACCCUCCUCCUACAUGCAGGUGAUGAAUUAAAGACACUGAAAUACAUCUACUGCAAGAUUAUCCAUCUGGCGGUAUAAUUUUUUAAUGUUUUUUAUUUAACAAUAAAAAUGUAUAUGGCAUAUUACCUAAAUAUUAUAAACGUUUUAAUUAUAAAGCUGUGUUUCACAGUGGUCAAAGGUAUUUUGUCCUUACACAUGUUACAAAAUCACAAAUACCAAUGUUCAAAGCCAUUACCAUAUACACUGAGAAAUAAAAUCUAACUAGGACAAGUAUAUUACUGUAUUACUACAGUUAUAAACAACUAUUUGCAGGUUUACAAAGAAUCUACACACAGAGAACUCAGUAGAAAGCAGACUGAACACUGUUCUUUAAAUCCUACACAUUUCAUACCCUGUCUGUGUUCAUUUAGGCUAGUGUUUUUAAAUGAGAGUAUAUAUUAUAUUUAUAUUUAUUCAUGCUGCAUAAAUGACUUGGUAUUAAAUACCACGACCACAUGCAUCAAACAGCUUUCAGAAAUCAUAAGAUACAUCCUCAUUCUUUCGUUUCUGCAUUUGUCAAAUAAACGAAGAUAAAACUGAUAGUAGGUAAUGAAAAACAGAGGCCACAUUCAUGACAAACAAAUUCACCUUUAGACUUGAACACAUUAUCACUUAGCCCAAAGACAUAAGAAAGUGCCUUUGUUGUCUUUGGAACAAAUUUGUAUUGCUGUAACUUUGUUUAUAUGGAAGUUAUUUUAUCUAAAUUAUCUAAUUGAGGUAUGAUAUUUUCCAAAGAAUCUAUGUUAUUUUGUUUUUACUUUAUGUAAACUCCAGUGACAUUGGGCAGAUGAAUCAUUUACUCUAAAUAAAAAGUCAGUUUCUUUAUCAUUCCACCUGAUUCUGCUGUGUAAGGCCAUAAACACCCACGUGGCACUGCCAAGUUAUUGCUAAAACUCACUUAUCUCUGAUUUAAAAAGAUUUCCUUGCUGAAUCUUGAUCUGUUUCUGUCAAAAAGAGAUGCAUGAAUGAGAACACUACUGUGCUGUUUGUGAAGACUAAUACCUAGCUGAAGACUAAUACCUAGCUGAUUUUCAAGAAGUCAAAAGUUAAGAAUGUAAGUGACUUGGUAAAUCACAUUGAUCUAGUGAAGGUCAGAAAGAAGACAAAUAGCACUUUGGAGAAAUUUAACUGCAGUACAGUCUAUAAAAACACAAUUUAGAAAAGCUGAGCAUAUGCUGAAGAUCACAAAACUUGAAAUUCCCUAUAACAUAUAAAGACAACCUUCAUGCUUUCAUUCUUGAACAACAGACAAUAUGCACAAAGAUAAAGAGGGAUCAUUUUUUGUACAUGAA